UCGCUUCCUGCAGCCUAUUCAAACAUCGCUACCCGAAUAAUUGCGUAAGUGUACGACUGCGAUCGUGGAGCAAAGGGGAUUUUGGAGAAGUGGCGUUGUGCGUCAAGACAUCUUUUGUGUUGGUACUGACGAAGGAGGACUUCCCAGCGAGUGUGCAAGCAUGAUUCGGACGAUGGCACGCGUUACGGACGUGCAUAUUCUCGAGGAGGACAACGAGGUGAUGAACCUGCCAAAGAUCAACGAGGAGCUCAAGAACUUCUUUUUGCCCAGGAAGUAUGUCGCCCCAGAGCCAGAACCGGUGCCAGAGGCAAAGGCGGCGCCCCCCGUGGAGGGCACAGACAGCGUCCUGGAGGCCGUCAAGGUGGCGCCGGCGGAUGUGACAGCAGUGCCGGAGCCGGUGAAGGCGCUGAGGGCAGCUUCCGGGCAGCCGCCCCAGAGCCCCACCUCCGCCUACCGGCCGGGCGCCUUUGACAACCGCGGCCUGGCCGACACAGCCGCGUCCCCGGCCAAGCCCUCCAAGAAGUGGUUCAGCUUCACAAAAUCAAAGUCAAAGUCCAGGCUGAACAAGGAGUCCAACUCCAGCCGGUUCUCGUCCUUCAACAACCCCACUGCCGCUGCCGCAGCUGCAGUACCGGUGCCCACACGCUUCCUGGAGAAGCACGGCGCUGAUGCCGCCGGCGCCGACAAGGCCGAGGAGCCCGCUGCUGAGGAGCCCGUGGCGGAGACUGCUGCGGAGCCCGUGGCUGAGCUGGCCCCUGCAGAGGAGGAGCACAAGGGUGAGGCGGCAGUUGAGGCGCCAGUGGAAGCAGAGGAGCCUGCUGUGGAGGCUGCCGAGCCAGAGGUGGAGGCUGUGGAGGCCCCAGUUGUGGUUGAGGAGAAGAAGGCAGAGGUCCCAGCUGAGUCUGAGGUAACUGCAGAGGAGCCCAUCGUCUCAGAGCCCAUUGCAGCAGAGCCUGUGCCUGAAAAUGAGGCUGAGACUCCCAAGGAGACAGCCACAGAUGAGCCUGCCAAUGACAUUGAGGCCGUUGAGGAGCCAAAGGAGGCCCCUGUGAAGGCAUUGUUGGCAGAAGAGCCCAUCCUGGAGGCCCCUGAAGAGAAGAAGGCAGAGGAGGUUGUGGCAGAGCAGCCGGUGACAAUUGAUGGAGAGGCGUCUACUGAGCCCGAGGAGGUCAUUGCGUCCGAUGCGCUGGAGGGUGACAUGCACUCCAUCGCAGAGCAUCCCACCGCCGAGGCAGAGGCCGCAGCUGAGAUGCCUGUCAAGGGAGAGGAAGCUGUGGAGGAGCCGGCCGAGGCAGCUGCCGUCACUGAGGUGGCGGUCCCGGAGCAGGCAGAUGAGCUGAAGGAAGCUACCGAGGAGUCUGCCCCAGAGGUGACCGACAUUACACAAGAAGGUGCCGAUCAUGAAGUGGUACACGAGGAAGUCGCCGCAGAGGAAGAAGGGGGAGAAGAAGCAAAAGUGGUGGAAGGCGCUCAAGGGCACCUCCUGAGCGCCCCCGAGCCGGCCGACGUGCCCGCACCCGCCCAGCAUGCCGCCCCCGCCAAACCCGCAGCCCCCAGCAAGAAUGCCAGCUGCGGCUGCUGCAUUGUGCAUGAGCCGGGAGGAGCCUCACCAGACUGCGGAUUCGUGCAGGUUUAUGCAGCUGCCUCAGAGCUCAAGUUGGAUGAUGAUGACUGAUGUUGUCUGACGUGAGGAGUUGAAGUGGCAGCUGCGCUCGCGGUAGAAGGAGUAGGGACACUACGACAAUAUAUUGGAGUGCGCGGCAAGAUGGCAUGCAGCCGAAUCAGCAUGUGGACAUGGGAGCAUUUCCACCUAAAGGGCAUUUAUGUUUGUGAGGCAGCAGUGGUCCCUUGACUCUAUGCUAAUUCGGGCAUUGGGUGAAUCUGGGGUUCUUAAGAGGGGAGCAGAUGAGCUGCAUUGCAACUCACUUGAACAUCCAACAGAAAUAUGACUGAACCAUCAUUGGCAGCAGAAACAAAGAUGUUGGGAGCCAAAAUGAACAGGCCAUGUUGGCAGGCAAACGGGAUAGGUGUGCUUCACAGGUAGCUUUCCCCAUGUGGGGUUAGCUGGUCUGGCAGGCCUCUGGCAGCACCAAAGAACUUUAUUUUGAUCAGAAUUGAUCCCAAAGAACCCAAUGAGUAUGUGCAACAUGGUUGCAGUGCAGCUGCAGUCCGCAUGGGUUUUGCAAACUGGUCAUGAGUAUUAUCCGCAGCUUGUCCAGGCAAGGUGCCAGAUAGCUAGUUUAGCUCAAUUUAGUAAAGCCUUAAUAGCUGCAUGAGUCCUUUACAGGUUUUGCAGGCAUUGCAAUAUAAUGCUAUAAGCUGAAUGCAGAGGGGCGCGCCAAUGGGGAGUCGUCUCAGUAUCAUAUAUAUAGGGUGUCAACGUUGAUGUCAACAUUUUCCAAUUUCUGCACUCUUGUAAUAUUUCUUGUUUUC